AUGGCAUGGGCAAUCAAAUAUAUGGAAUUUUGGAGAGUGUCAUCCAAAGAUCCCAUUCGAGCGCUUGAGAAGGUCCUGGAAGAGUGUAUGGCAGGUUUAAUUCCAGAUGAACAGGACCGAUUUACGAAGGGAUUAUCAGCUGUUGUCCUGGCCAACACUUUGGUAAAUCAUGUCACUUUAUAUGUCAAUUAUUUAGUAUUUCCAUUUUUUAUUUCAGUAAGAAACAAUUUACGCCAAUAUUGCUUCACAUCAUUUAGAAGAGAGGAAAACGAAGUCAAAGUGGGUUUCAUGCGUUAACCAUCCAGUUGAUUAAUAAAAGCCCUAUAUAAUUAUUACUACGUACUUAAUUACGUUCACUUAACAUGUUAUCUUAAUUAGCAUUACUGUAAUCUUUGAAAAUCCGGUUAUCUAUUGGGGAGGAGGGCAUGACUAAACAGACGGUGAGGUAUAUCCUUAAACAAACAGUCCUGCAGCAAAGAGUCUGUACCCUAAGUGCCACGGAUAAAUUAGAAAGAAACAUCCAGUUGAAAAUAGAAGACAACAAAGAACACGUAAGUAGAUGGUGGUUGAAUUGUGAAAAUUAAUAGUCAUGGCUAGUGAAACUAUUAAGGUGUAAUACUAUAGUGUCGGGUAUCUCUGAAAUUAAUAUAAAUUAAAUUGAUAUUAAUAUAAGACUCAUUUGCUCGCAUAAUUAAGACCCCCCAAUAUCUCAAAUCAUGUCCAAAAUACGCCUUGUUUCAAUUUAGAUGGUGGCCAUUUCAUAGUGAUCAAGUUAUUAAAUGUAUUAUUCACCACCAAACAGAAGUGUAUUAACCACGCGAAUAGAAGUGUAUUUAUUACACAUCUAGUUUGUUUUGUGUAUGAAUAGUUGCACUUUAAAUGUAAUUUAUUACUUUCCUAAGGCUCUUGGAUGGUUAACUCCUGCGACAUGUUUCGUGAAGAAUCGACAUGGCGAGAAGGUCAAAGCAGUGGCAAUCGUCAAAAGUGUUGUGGAUGGUUUUGCAGAUAUUUCGCAUGCAGUAUGUACUAAAUAUGAACAUGAAUAUUCACUUUCUUCCCACUCAUUUAUAAGAAAGUUAGACCUCGCGAGUGUGACUGAAAGAGAGACUAAGAUGCUAAAGCGUAAAAAUGUAUUUUCACAUGAAGACAUAACUGUUUUGCUGCUUAUUCAAUUAAAUGGCUGCUUCAUUAAAGUCAUUACAUGGAUACAUUUAGCCUACGUUCGGCCUCAGCGCGAUCUUUACAUCGUACUUUAUUGAUGCACUACGGUAUACAUAUAUGUAUCUUUUUUCCAGUGGCGCUGAAAAGAAUAACAUUCGUUGUUUAUGGACAUUUUAUACUUAAAUUUUAUAGGAAUUUGAAGAAGAGUACUCAAAAGUCGUGGAAAAAACUGAUCCUAUAGGGUGCUAUUUCACCAAUUCAAAAGAGGUCACCUUGGCGAGUUUGUCAAAGCGCCAAAAUGUGUGUCAAAAAAGAGCAUAUCGGUGGCCUUUCGACUCUUUUUCUGAAUAUACAUUAGACUGCAUUAAGUACGGUAAGCUUGAGUUGCCUCUUACAUUUCCACGCAUCUAUGCAGGAUGACAGCUCAUAUGACCUUCUUGGCGACUACGAGCUGACGGAACAUCUGGCGGAGGUCCUUGAUGAGUUAGAACUCAAAAUAAAAGAGGAUCUUGAAGGUUCGGGAUCUACCUGAUAAUAAUGUUUAAGGGAAUAUUCAGGGAAUGCACGUGCUCAAUCUUAACACAAGUCCUUCCAUGCGGACUAACGUACAUAAUGUAUUAUAAUCGGAUCUUUGUAGUUAAUGAUCUACUAAUUCAGUUUUUGACAUGGCAUGACAUGAUAUGAUAUGAUAGAGUAUGUAUAAUAAUAUAACUGUUUAAUUAAGAGCUACUAUACAUUCUCCACAAGAGUUUGAUCCUGAAGGAGAAACGUUUACUUCAUGUAAUUAAACCAUCUAGAUUAAGAUAGUGCAUAUAUAUUAAUAAUUAUGUGCAUAUAUGUUAUUUAACAUACUAAGCGAAAAAACUGCACAGUACAUUUUUAUAUAUUUUUAUUUCCGUUUUAAGACGUUGUUAUAAAUUCCAUCUUCUGCAAAUAUAGACGAGCGCGAACUGACUGACGUUAUCAUUUGUAGUAUUAGUAUAGUACUUUUACUUUUAAAUUUUAUUUUGCUGUAACGCCUUACUAUUUACAGCUUUCUCAAACACUUCCAUGUCCUGACUUAAUUCUGUUUGUGUCUGCAUGGCUAUACAAAAAAUUAAAUAAUUUAUUAAGAAAGCAAUCUUUAAUUUAAGAAAAUAUUUCUUAAUUAAAAUUAGAAACAUUUUGAUUUCUUUGUACACCUCUUUCAUCCAGAACCAAACGUUCGUUGAUGAUAAAAUUUUAAACAUUCGGUCCUAGCUAGUGUGGGUAGUAGUAGGUACCGAAGAAUACAACUACGGGCAGCUGUUGUUGUUUUUUUUUGUUUUUUUUUUGUUGGGGGGGGGGGCUAUUUUCCAUAAAUUGCGGCUAGUGAUAAUGAAUUAUCGCUAGCCGCAAUUUAUGAAAAAUGCCCCCCCCCCCAAAAAAAAACAACCAACAACAACAGCUGCCCGCAGUUGUAUUCUUCGGUACAUUCUACUACCCAUAUAUAUAUAUAUAUAUAACUACAGACGGUACCGUUUCGGCCUUUUGGGCCUCAUCAGUAACCACUAUAAGUAGUUACCUUUGAUGUCUCACGAAUGUGGGACAUCAAACCAUUGCCAGAGUGCUCAAACUGCGAGCAGUGAGCAUGCGCACAAUGCGUAAGCAGCAAUGGCUCAUCCUGUAGAGUGCUCAAUAUGACACAAAGGCCAUAGAGCAAUAUCUAACUACAGACGGUACCGUUUCGGCCUUUUGGGCCUCAUCAGUGUAGUGCUGAUGAGCAGGAUGAAACUAACCACUAUAAAUAGUUACCUUUGAUGUCACACGAAUGUGGGACAUCAAACCAUUGCCAGAGUGCUCAAACUGCAAGCAGUGAGCAUGCGCACAAUGCGUAAGCAGCAAUGGCUCAUCCUGUUGAGUGCUCAAUAUGACACAAAGGCCGUAGAGCAAUAUAAUAUAUAUAUAUAUAUAUAUAUAUAUAUAUAUAUAUAUAUAUAUAUAUAUAUAUAUAUAUAUAUAUAUAUAUAUAUAUAUAUAUAUAUAUAUAUAUAUAUAUAUAUAUAUAUAUAUAUAUAUAUAUAUAUAUAUACUCACUUGGAUUACAAACCCUAAGAACAGAAUUCAAAUAUUAAUACCACCAAGUGAAGUGCAAGAAAACAGAUCAUUGAAGUCCAUCCUAGGUAUAGGUAUCGCAUUUCUACAUUGGACAGAUCUGAAUUUCCAAUUGACAACCGUCAACCCUCGACAUUAAUGGAACCUCGUUUAAAUUUUGUUUUCUCUUGCUUCGACAGCAGUGUCAAAAUUAAUGUACACUACGCAUGGGUAUUGGGUAUGAGGUUAAAAUUUAUCAUUUAAACUUAAUAUCGGCAAAUUUUAAUUAAUUUCAACGCCAUCCCGCGUGCGCUGUAUCGAACAAUUUUAAUAUGUAUCAAUAAAAGAAAAAAACACACUUGAAGGGAAGUCCGAAUGGCGAGGUGUACCAGUUAGUUCUUGAGAUGGAUACUUAAUGUGCCUCGCCAAACAAUUUGACCUGUAUUAUUUCUUCUAUUUGCCGGCGAAUUUUUGAAAUUGGUUUCUUAAUUGGGUAAAAUGGCCAUGAAUGCAAAGUAUAAAAUAAUUUGUCCUGAUCUGUAGAUAUUCGAAAUUACAAAGCUAAAUAUGUCAGUGCGCGGAAAAGCAAAAGAAUUUAAAAAUUCGAGGUCAAGUUUCUUGACGAGGGGUACUAAAUUUUGACCUUAUUUAGAUCUGAAUGUUAAAUUGAUAACCCUCACCAUUCGGACCUCGUUUCAAUUGAGCUUUUCUUCCCCUUUUAUACCUGUUAAAAUUUGCUGCACAUUUCGCAUCUGGGAUGAGGUUAUCAACAAAUCUUAGUUCCAACCGCCUCCUUUGUGCGGAGUAUCGACCAAUUUUAAGAUGUAUUAAUCUUAUAAAUAGAGCUAAGGGGAAACGGAAUUAAAGCGAGACCUGAAUGCCGAGGAUUCCAUGGUGAGGGUUUCGUACCACGAGGGUUACCAAUAAAUUAAAUGUUGAUAUGCACACUCAGCAUUUCGACAAACAUGUAAUACCCUUCAUGGACCUAUCUGACUUCGGUCAUUUCUUUUAUUUUCCUGCGUAAUGAACUCUUACACUUGAUUCUACAAGGCAGCGAUGAUAAAAAUGUUACAAUUGGUGUCUUAAUACCGAACAAACUUAAGUUUCGAAUCGUUUUAUUUAGACCUUGACAGUACACUUUAAACCACAGUCAUAAUUGGAAGACCAUUAAUAUAUGCUGUAGAAGACUUUGCCUUCAACUGUAAAAUAAUAAUGUUUGAAAUUGCAAUGUUAAAUGACUGUAUAUUAGCUCAGUGAAAAGCAAACAAAUAUUUUGAGAUGAAGCUUAAUGGCUGGCGGUACUACAUUUGACCAUAUAUGGAUUUCAAUGUCGAUUUGUUAACCGUCAACCCCUAUCAUUCCACCCUUUUUUAAUUUUUGCUUUCUAUUUCUUUCAUACCUGUUAGAAUUGUUUCUUACUGCGCAUGCCCAUGUUAUGCAUCUGGAUAAAAUUUAAUUAUUAUUAAAAUUAAUAUCGGGAAGUUUACAUUAAAACCGGUUUCCAUUGCAGUAGCUUUUCCCGCGCAGGCUGAGCGGGCUUUGAAAAUCCGUUUACGCAGGCGGACAGGCGGACAGGCGUCAAAAACAAUGAACGCUUCGCCCGCGCGGGCAAAGCGAACGUUAAUUGAAAACGGCCUUUAGUUUCCAUCGCAUCCCGCGUGCGCAGUAUGCAACAAUUUUAGUAUGUAUAAAUAGAAGAGAAAAACACAGUUAAAACGAGGUCCGAAUGGCAAGGGUUACCAAUUAAUUGUUGAGAUGGAUGCAGAAUUUCAACAAACAUGUAAUACCCCUCGCCAACCAACUUGACCUCGACUAUUUCUUCCAUUCUCCACUAAUAAACUCUUGUAUAGUUGAAUUUAUACUGCAACGAAUAGAAUAUUUUAGAGUGUCGAAUCGUUUUUUGAAAGCUUUAUAGUACACUUUGAAUUACAGUCCUGAAUCGAACGCUAAAGUAUACAAGACUCUGCCUAGAUCUGUAAAUGUUCAUAAUUACAAGCCGCAAACAUAUUAGUACGGCGAAAAGCAAAACAAACAUUUUAAGGUCAGGUUUUUCCGGUAUAGGUAUCGCAUUUCUACAUUGGACAGACCUGGGUCCGGUUGUAUAAAACUCUUAAUCACUUUUUUAAUCACUAUUUUGUAGUUAAAUGGUGAUUAUAUAACUCUCAAAUACACGCUUCCAAUUAGAUGGCGUUUCCACUAACUAUAGCUAAUUUUAAUCACUUUUUUAUACAACCGGCUCCGAAAUUUCCAAUAUAUUGUUAACCACGUCAACCCUCGACAUUAAUCGAACCUCGUUUAAAUUUUGGUUUUGUCCUGCUUCGACAACUGUUAAAAUUGUUGUACAUUGCGCAUUGGUAUGAGGUUAAAAUUUAUUAAACUUAAUAUCCGCAAAUAUUAAUUCGUUUCAACCGCAUCCCGCGUACCCUCUAUCCAACAAUUUUAAUAUGUAUAAAUUAUAGAGAAAAACACACUAGAAAGGAGGUCCGAAUGGCGAGGUGUACCAAUGAAUUGUUGAGAUGGAUACCAAAUAUAUCCCUCCCCAAGAAUUUGACCUCCACUAUUUUUUUUUUUUAUACAAAUAAAGUACAAAUGUUUGUCUUGAUUUUUUAAAGUAAAUAAUAAAACAAUUAUUGAAUUCGGUUUUCGAACAAUGUGAAGAAUUAUCAAGCCCUCAGUUUGCCGUUAUCAACCUCAGCCUUCGGCUUCCGUUGAUAACGGCAAACUUCAGGCUUGAUAGUUUUUCAUAUCGUGCUCAAUCUCAUUCAAUAAUUGUUAAAUAAAAACACAGUCGGUGAGGACAUUAAUAUUAAAAUUAAUCUUUGUAAGUCUACAUUAGUUUCAACCGCAUCCCGUGUGCGCAGUAUCCAACAGUUUUAACAUGUAUAAAUAGAAGAGAAAAACUGAGUUAAAACGAGGUCCGAAUGGCGAGUGUUACCAAUUAAUUGUUGAGGUGGAUACAGAAUUUCAACAAUAUCCCUCGCCAACCAAUUUGCAUGACCUCAACAAUUUCUUCCAUUUUCCGACUAAUGAACUCUUACAGUUGAAUUUAUGCUGCAACGAAUAGAAUAUUUUAGAAAGUGGUGUUCUAGCACAAUAGAAACUUGUGUGUCGAAUCGUUUUUUAGAAGUUGGCAUGAUAUUAAUAGAAUUUCGGUUGGUUCCGUACCUCUCAUAAUGUGGCGAAGUUUCUUCUUUUAUCAAUAAUGAAAAUGACAAUUGAGCACCUUUAUAUAAUUGGUAACAUCUAUAUAUCAUAAGUAGGCCAUUUUAAAUUGUGAUUUGUGAUACAAAAAAAAUUGUAAAAAUUUUGAUUUGUAAAAAUUGCUCGAAAAAAUGGCAAAAAAGUUGUUUAAAGUUACCAAAAAUUUAAAAAGUUGCUCCUUUGCUGUACGAUUCAAGCAAUAUAAAAAUGAAAAUUACGCAUCAAGCCUUCUCACAGAAUUUUAUCGAUCUCCCUUUUUUCUUGAAACAUUGUGAUCCGUAGAAUUAACUCGAAAUUACAACCAACAUGGAUUAACAUUUCCCCGUAUGAAAUCGGUGAAAAUCCCUUUUAUUCAAUUUUAAAUUAAUUUUAAAUUAAUUUCUAACUCGAAUUUUGACCAGUGGCUGUCCGUGGCAAGAAAAGUGUAAGACUGAGAUAUUGUAUAUAGUUUAGAUAUUUCAAUACAUUUCAGGUUUCAACUUUCUUUAUUUCUCAUUUUCCCUUAGGUUCGGCAAGUUACAAAAGUAGUUCCAAUGCAUUUAUCUUCUCCUUCGUGAAUAAGGACAACCUGCCACCCUUCAAAUCUCCUGUCAAAAGCAAUCAACAUGCUAUAUACAGUUCACCAACUUAUGGUUCCACAUUUGGUGGUGGUCAUGUUAUUCAUAUUGCAAAUAAUGCCAAUGCAAAUACUGGUUCCUACACAGAUUUUGGCUAUUCCUAUCAGUCACCAAGCGGGUAUUCCUACAGCUCAACCAAGGCGAGGAAUCUUCUUGCCAGCACAUAUCGAUUCACACCUGAGGAGGUUGAAACAUUUUAUCUUAACUAA